UAUGGAACGUAGGGCUAUUCCUAUCGGCGAUGUACGAAUAUCAAUUUCAGAUACGUGUGCGUGAGUAACGUGUUUCCGCUAAUAAUGAAACACGUAGGUUCGGAUGAAGAAUCGCUGCUCGUCGUUCGUCAGUAGCGUAGGAAUUUACACGUGUGUGGCGUCUUAUUGGCUCGGGGCCGACCGGUUCAGAGGAUAAUGAAAAAAGAUUAACAAGCAGUUUGUUUGCCUCGAACCCUCUCAGCGGCGCGAUCAAAACCUUUGUUGACGAAUUUCCGAAAAUACUUCAAACAUAUACUUGGAUGAGUUUCAGAGAUCUUAAUAAUCGCAAGGAGGUACUCCCCAACAUCCUGGCUGCUAUCGGACAAACCCCUAUGGUGCGAUUGAACAAUAUUUGCAAAUCAUUUAAUAUCAAAUGUGAAUUAUUGGCAAAAUGUGAAUUUCUGAAUCCUGGUGGCUCCGUAAAAGACAGGAUCGCGCACAGAAUGAUCCAAGAUGCGGAAGACAAAGGGAUUCUCAAGCCAGGAUAUACCAUAAUUGAGCCAACAAGCGGAAAUACAGGUAUUGGAUUGGCGAUGGCAUCAGCAGUCAAGGGUUACCGCUGUAUCAUAGUAAUGCCUGAGAAGAUGUCGAAUGAAAAAGUUGACACACUGCGGGCUCUGGGGGCUGAGAUUGUUAGAACGCCAACCGAGGCUGCGUGGGACAGUCCCGAAGGUCAUAUAACAGUAUCUCAGAAAUUACAGAAGGAAAUACCAAAUAGCGUAAUUCUGGAUCAGUAUACCAAUUGUGGAAAUCCUCUAGCUCAUUACGAUCAAACAGCGUAUGAAAUCUGGGAACAAUGCAAAGGCAAAAUCGAUUAUUUAGUAGCAGGAGCUGGUACUGGUGGAACCAUUAGUGGGAUCAGUCGCAGAUUCAAAGAACUAAUACCACAGACAAAAAUUGUAGCUAUUGAUCCGGAAGGUAGUAUUCUUGCAGAGCCUGCGGAAAUAAAUCAAAGUGAAGUAACCUUCUACGAGGUCGAAGGAAUUGGAUACGACUUCACUCCUACGGUUUUGGAUCGUGGUUCAGUUGAUUUGUGGGUUAAAACGAAUGACAAAGACUCGCUGAACUGUGCUAGAGCACUAAUACGUGAGGAGGGUUUGUUGUGCGGUGGAAGUAGCGGUGCAUCUAUGUCAGCAGCUUUAAAAUUGGCCAAGGAUCUACCAGAAGAUCAAAGAGUUGUUGUAAUACUGCCAGAUGGUCUCAGAAACUACAUGACUAAAUUUGUAUCGGACCACUGGAUGGAAGCCAGAGGUUUUUUGGAUCCACCCCCGCCGGUAGAGGCGAACAAAUGGUGGUGGACGACUUCUAUUUCAAAUCUUCGUUUAAAUCCCCUAUCUACUCUACCAGCAGAAGCAACUUGUCAAGAAGCCAUUGCGAUUCUGAAGAAAGGCGGAUUUGACCAAAUUCCACUUAUAGAAAAGAAUGGAAGUAUCCAAGGGGUAGUAACUCUGAAUGACCUUACGAGAAGUCUGAUUUCGGGUAAAGUCAAGUCUACGGAUUGCGCACGGAAAGUACUGUUCAAGCAAUUCAGAAAGCUGACUACUUGUGCAACCCUCGGACGACUGUCACGAAUUCUUGAAAAAGACGCAUAUGUUGUCAUAGUAAAUGCGAAACAAACGACCAGUGCAGUGGGUAUUGCCACUCAAAUGGAUCUUUUGAAUUAUAUCAGUGAACCGCACAGUAAUGGCACUGCUGCUUGAUCCGGAUAUUUAUAUUCAUUUUAAACUAUUUGACCCAAGCCUCGCUUACCAAUUUUUCUGCAAUGUAGAUAGAUUUAAUCAAUUCUUGACAACAGUUGACAAACGUAAUUUUUGUUUAGUUCUAUUCUUUUUUUUCUGGAAAUUGCUUGAUUUUUAUACAUUUCUAUACUUGAAUUCUGUGUAUUAUUAUGUAAUCCAAUAAAACAUGAGACUGAUCAUGUAUUUGUAUUUAAGUGUGGUUUUGUUAUUUGUCAGUCCAUGUGAUACGACAUGAGAUAUUUGAAGAAUACUAUUUGCACUGGACCAAUAUUUGAUGACGAAUUAUUAAGGUUAAAUAACUCGAAUAGUAAAUUGAUUUCAUUAUGUUUUUUUCUACACCGAUAUUACGAUCGCAUGAUUUAUGUGUGACCUGGAGUAGAUGGAAACAUUACACACAUGCACAUAUCGAUGUCUUUUACUGAAAUUAUGUGUAUUGUCCUGCAGUAUUUGUUGCACUACGUCUAUUAAGUCGAUUAAUGCAUAAUCACAGUCAUUUACACAAAUAAUAUAGUGUUUAUACAUUUUCAAUAAAGUUAUUAAAUUUA